CGUGGAGGCUGCCGGGAUUGUAGCCGGAGCCGGAGAGACGAAAACGAUGGCUGCCGAUGCCGCCGCCGCCGGGUUUCCUCUCGUUUAUUAAACGGGGUCUGCUACGUCCAUCUGAACAGGGAGACUAGAUUUUGGUUUAAUGCCUCAUUCGAAGGGGACACGUUGAACAAUGCAACAAACCCCCAGCAAAUCAUUGGAGUGUCAGCCUAGAGUUCAGUGAAAAUGUCCAGUAAAGAAGUGAAGAUCGUCUUAAAAAGUGCAAGAGAAGCUAUCAGAAAUAAAGAAUAUAAAGAAGCCCUGAAGCAUUGCAAGGCCGUGUUGAAACAAGACAAGAAUAACUACAAUGCAUGGGUUUUUAUUGGGGUCGCUGCAGCAGAACUGGAGCAGCUUGAUCAGGCAAAGACUGCUUAUAAAAAGGCUGCAGAAUUGGAACCAGACCAGUUACUAGCAUGGCAGGGAUUGGUAAACCUAUACGAGAAGAACAAUCUAUCUGAUUGCAAGCAUGAUCUAUUAGCAAUUUACCAAAAACUCCUGAAACUGUAUGAAAGCACUGAAAAACAGAAAUGGUAUGAAGUCUGCCAAAAGUUAGUUGAUUUAUAUCAUCAAGAAGAGAAGCCUCUAGAGGCUGCUAAAACAUGGAGGCGCUUAAUACAGAUGAAACAAGAUGAUGGAGUUGGUAAGGAAGAACUGCAUCAACUGUGGAAGAAGAUAAUUGAGAUACUUUCAGACAAUAUAGAGAAUCAGGAUAAUGGGAGCCAAGAAAUGUUAAGAACAACAUUUGAAAAUGCUCUUUCUUCCCUGGACAAGAUACCAAGUGAUGAACAUCAAAAGCUUUCCAUUGAAUACAUUAAAUUUUUAGCGAAACUGCCACGGGAAGAAGACAAGCUGAAAGUAACCUGUGAGACGUUGAUUACUCAGUAUCCCAAUUCAUUUACUCCACUCGAAGUGCUCAGCAUGUACUUCAUCCAUACAGACUGCAUUAGUGAAGAAGCGGUGGAAUGUUUUACAAGACUUAAUAAGAUGGAACCAAAUAAUGGGCCUAGCCUUAUUGGACUUGGAAUAAAAGCAAUGCAAGAAAAAAAAUAUGAAGAAGCAGCAAAGAGCAUUACUGAAGGGUUAAAGGAGGCACAUUCAGCUAUUGCAGCUUGGUUUUACUUAGGACAAGCCCAACUACGUAUGCACAGAUAUAAAGAGGCAAUCAGUGCUUGCAGGCAUGGUUUGAAGUUGUUGGCAAGCAAUAUCCAUGAUGGUAAUAUUCAUGACAGAACCAGAUUGCUUCGUUUGCAAGCAGAAGCCAUGGUCCGUUCUGGUGAUCCAGCCAAUGCUCAAGAAGCUUUUGGCGUCUUGGAACAGAUUUUGGACACCAGUGAACCAGCCUUGCUUGCUAUUAAGGGCCAAGCUUAUUUGAACAAGGGACUGAUUAAAAAAGCAUUAGAGAUUGUAGAAGAUCUUGUUGUUUCUCAUCCUGAACUAGCUGAGACAUGGGUACUCCAAGGCCUUAUAAAUAAUACUCUAAAACAUUACCUUCAGGCAGAGCAAAGUUUUCAGAAAGCUGUUAAAAUAAAAGGAGACUGUGGAGAAUAUUACUAUUACCUUGGACAAACAUACUGGUCUAUGGGAGAAGAGACUAGAAAAGACAAGACAAAAACUGUCACGCAUCUGCUAAAGGCUGCAAAGUUAGAUUCGUACAAUGGAAAAAUAUUCUGCUACUUGGGCCACUACUAUCGAGAUAUUGCACUGGAUAAAAACCGAGCCCGAGGUUGCUACAGGAAAGCCUUUGAACUGGACAGCAGUGAUGAAGAUGCUGGAGCAGCAGCUGUUGAUCUAAGUCUUGAAGUUGGAGAUAUGGAUACCGCUCUUGUAAUUCUGAGAGCAGUGACUGAUAAGGCAAGUGCUGGGGCAGCCAAAUGGGCUUGGCUUAGACGAGGACUUUACUACAUGAGGAUCAACCAGUGCACCCAAGCUAUUGCAGAUUUACAAGCGGCUUUGAGGGCGGACCCGAAGGAUCCCAAUUGUUGGGAGUGUUUAGGGGAGGCAUACCUCAGCAGAGGAGGAUACACUGCUGCUUUAAAAGCCUUCACAAAAGCCAGUGAAUUGAACCCCAAUUCAGUGUACAAUAUUUACAAGAUAGCAGCAAUCAAGCAGAUUCUUGGCAAAUAUGCAGAGGCCAUCGCAGAGUAUAAACAGAUCAUUUACAAUUCACAAAACUAUGUCCCUGCUCUCAAAGGUCUAGGUGAAUGCUGUCUAAUGAUGGCUCGAAGUGCUCUUAAUGAUUAUUUAGAUGGGAGAGCUGUGGACAUAAUAGAAGAAGCACUUCAGUACUCUGCUAGGGCUGUACUGUGGCGACCUGAUGUAUCCUGUCUUUGGAAGUUAAUUGGAGAUGCAUGUACUGCAUUGCAUGUUCUGUCACCAGCUAAAGUAAACAUUCAAGUUUCUGUUGUUCUUACUGGUUAGCGAAAGAGCGAUGUGCAGACUUUAAACAAAGGUGGUAUCCUUAUUCUUGGAGGAAGGUGCUAUGGCCGAGCCCUCCAUUUGAUGUCCACCUCUGCCAAUCUAUGGUGUGAUCUUGGGAUCAAUUACUAUAGACAGGCACAACAUCUGUCAGCUUCAGGGAAAGAGAAUGAAGUAGAAGAGAUACUAGAAAAAUCUUUGCAGUGCCUUAAAAAAUGUGUGAUGUUGGACAGCAGAAAUCAUCUGUACUGGAAUGCACUUGGAGUUGUUGCCAGUUGCAAAGAUGUUGCAAACUAUGCCCUUGCGCAACAUGCGUUCAUCAAAUCAGUUCAGGUUGAACAAAAUAAUGUCGUGGGCUGGACCAAUCUGGGAGUUACUUAUCUGAAGAAUGAAAGUAUUGAGUUGGCCCAUGAAGCCUUCAAGGUAGCCCAAUCUUUGGAGCCCUCAUAUGUAAUGUGUUGGAUUGGGCAGGCACUUAUUGCAGAAACUGUUGGUAGUUAUGAGACUAUGGAUUUGUUUAGACAUACCACUGAGCUUGGUAUUCAUACAGAAGGAGCUAAGGGAUAUGCACACUGGGUAUGUGCAACUCUGCAAGAUAAAACAAACCGGAAUUCAGAAUUGUAUCGAUACAACAUUGUACAGAUGAAUGCAAUAUCUGCAGCACAGGUUGUUAUGAGCAAGUUUACAGAGAGGAUACAGACUGAUCCAGCGGCGUUUACAAUGUUGGGGUAUUUAAAUGAGUAUCUUAACCUGAAAAAGCAAGCACAGGAGGCAUAUCACAGGGCAGCAGUGCUACUACAGAAUGCUGAAGACAAAGAAGCAUUAAAUUAUGCUUGGAGAAAUUUGGGUCGAGCCUUUUGUGCAACAGGUCAAUAUCAGGAAGCUAUCCAGGCUUACAUGUCUACUCCACUUGUGGAGUUUGAUGACAUCACUGGCCUUGCUCUGUCAUACUUCAAGAAAGAGCUACUUCAGGAGAGUGUUAAAGCUUAUGAAAAGGCUUUAACUGUUGCUUCCUCGGAGAAAGAGAAGGCUUACAUACUGAUUGCACUCGCAAUGAUCGAAUUUAAACAGAACAGAGUGGACAGUGCCAAGACUCUGCUUUUUAAGUGUUCCAUGCUGAAGGAACCCAGUAUAGAAAGUCUGCAGGCUCUGUGUGCACUGGGCCUUUCCAAGAAAGAUGUUACACUCACCACAGCAGCACUUAAGGAACUGUUGAAGCACCAGAACAAAACCGAUUCAGCAUAUGAAACCUGCCUUCUUGCUUCAGGGAUAUAUUCUUUGCAAGGUAACAACUUGGCUGUACAAAGGCAGGCAGCCAAAGCAGUUCAUAGCAAUCCUAGUGAUCCUGCUCUUUGGACAUUGUUAUCCAGACUUGUUCCACAAUACGCUCCUCACAAUGCAAACGGUGGGGCAUUGGUUGGCAACACUGCACAGAUUCUCAAUUUUCAUCAUCCAAAGAAGGCUCUUCUGUUCAGUGCUGUAAACCAGAUUGCAGCAGGUAAACACGUAGCAGAGGAUGAAAACAAUAAUGCAUUAAAGACUGCCCAAAAGGUGGCCCAUCUGUAUCCAGAUGAUCCAGCUGUGUGGACCAGUUUAAUGGCAGCCUGUCACACAGAAAAUACGGUAUCGCAUAUAAAAGAGAGAAAACCCAAACAAACUGCCUUAGAAGAAUUGUUUCUGACAGUUGUCAUGACAAAAGUAGAAGCAGACAAGACUCUCCCAGCUCCCUAUCUUCAAUCCUUGGAGAGCUGGUCUCUUCAGCAGGCUGUAACGGGACUGAAUGAAUUGGGCAAACGUGCUGAAGCUGAAGCCAUCUGUGCUAAAGUCCUGAAGAAGCAACCAGAUCAGCCUAUGAUGUUCUUACUGCUGAGACAGGUUCAAUGCGAACAACUCUUGGUUUCACAUGAACGGCUCCCAGAAACCAUUCUGGAAGAGCUAAAAAAGGCAGUCAUGUCCAACUUCACAUCAAUAACAGCUUGGCAUUGGCUAGCAGAAGUCUAUAAAUCUCACGGAUUAGUGGGAGCUGCAGAGAUGUGCUAUAGACAAGGACUACAAGUUUCUUCAAAGCAAGGACAGUUGAACGGCAAGUUGGCGAGUCUACUCCAAUUAGCAUUGCUAGCACUCAAACUCAGUCCAGUUAAACUUCAGAAGAAUCGAUGGCCAUCACUAGUGAAGGAGGCAACUGGUGAAGCUCAAAAGAUCUCCUUCUGUCCUCUUGCUAACCUUUUCCAAGCACUUCUACAAUUUAUAGUUAAAUUAGGUGCAAGGGAGACUCGCAGGUUACUGGAGAGAGUGGUGUAUCAGCCCGGAUACCCAGAAAGCAUUGCAUCUGUCGGACGCUGGUACCUCCUUCGCCAUUUGUGGGUCAAAAAUGAUGAUGAGCUUAUCACAGUUUUACUUCAAGAUGCCAAAUUGAAGGGAGAUUGCCGAAUAGAAGAGCUGUAUAAGAAGCUUCAGAUGGAAUCAUCCUAGUAAAUGUGCAAAAGCCAUGUCUGGAUCCUGAAAACCUAUGUGAAAAAGCCCUGUAUAAGAACUAUAGCUAACUAUAGCUAAUUAUAGUUAUGGCUUUUAAUAUUCUGCUUUCAAUUGUCAAAUGGCAACGGCUAGGUACAUGUUUGCUUGUACUGUUAUUAAAAAAAAAGUUAGUACUUUGCUGAUGUACAUUUCAUGGUACAGUACUAUAACGCUAAGUUAAAGUAUUGUCAUAUCUUUUACAUCUGAGAAAUCUGUCACAGACAAGAAAGCUGCAUCGUGAUUUUCUAAUUCUUGGCUAAGUAAGCUAAUUAUAGCUUAGCUGCUGAUCUGUAAUAUUUCAGUAUGAACACAAGAAUCAUGUUUCGGCAUAUUUACAGCGAGUCAAUGGGAUGUCAACUGAAUUAAAACUGCGCCCACCUCAUGUUUUCGUAUUGAAA